AUGAAAAUUGCAAGCAUUCAAGCAUGUACACAUGCAAUCGUUAUGAAGGAGAUGUGUGCAACUUGUGGCAAGGAUCUGAGGGAGAGGCCUGGUAUACGAGGAAGUCUGAAAGAAGCCACUGUUGCCAAUGUAUCGAUGGUACAUCAUGUCCCAGAGCUUAUCAUUUCUGAUGAGUUGGCAUUAAAAAUUGGCACCGAAGAUCGUCAGAGGCUUCUCAAAGCUCACAAACUGGUGCUGCUUGUGGAUUUGGAUCAGACACUCGUUCAUACAACAAAUCAGAAAUACGAAAUGGAACCGGACACGUUGGCAUUAAAAAUUGGCACCGAAGAUCGUCAGAGGCUUCUCAAAGCUCACAAACUGGUGCUGCUUGUGGAUUUGGAUCAGACACUCGUUCAUACAACAAAUCAGAAAUACGAAAUGGAACCGGACACGAUGCAUGUGAUCAGCUAUGGUGAACGACAGUAUGCACAUCGUAUCGCCGAAUUCCUGGAUCCCGACAAAAAAUAUUUCGGCCAAAGAAUCUUGUCACGUGAUGAAUUAUUUUGCGCGAUGUAUAAGACGAGGAAUAUGCGGGCACUGUUUCCGUGCGGUGAUCAUAUGAUCGCAAUGAUCGAUGAUCGCCCGGAUGUGUGGCAGUACUCCGAUGCGUUAAUACAGGUGAAGCCGUAUCAGUUCUUCAAGGAUGUUGGUGAUAUUAAUGCUCCACAGACAGCAAAGAACGAUUCGCCUGGAGCCGGAAAUUAUCCAGAAACGGAUGCCGAAACAGCCAAAGAUAAAACGUUGAAAUAUGUUGCUGCUGUACUUACGAAAGUGCAUCGCGUAUUUUAUGAACUGUACGAUGAGACAAAAGUAGACUCGUUGCCGGUACGUUGUUUUUGGGGCAGAAAGCGUUUUUAUACAAAUUUUAUUCAUCCGUGCAGGGCCUUUACCGUUGGUUUGGACAAAACAAAAGUAAAAAUUCUUGUGUGA